AUGGGCUCAUCAGGAGUCUUAGCAAAGACAAUCCUAAUCCCCGCCGCAAUCGCAUUAUCGAUCUACAUCCUGGCAUCAUGCAUAAUUAUCCCCUUUUUCCACCGCUACCACCAACGCUACUCCCAAUACCUCCCAAUACACAGUAUAUCAGCGCAUACGCUCUCCCUACGUGACCGCAUAGCAGACGCCGUAAUGCAUUUCUUCCUCCCAUCGACAUGGCAGCGCGGUGCAGACAUCGCAGACAAUGAUAAUAUCAGUAUCGAUGAGGAGGAAGGUGAGGCCUUGGUCGGAAUGAAUAUGGAUGCUGCCAGGAGGGGAACGCUGGACAGGAGACCGGACAUGGGCACGGAAAGAUUGGGGAGGGAUCUUGAGGAAGGGUUUAUGGAUGACAGUGAUAGCAAUAGUGAGCAUGCCAGGAAUUAG